AUGUCGCUCAAAGCGUUGAUUUUGAUCUCAGCAUUAAUUGCAAUAGUAAAUUGUAAGAGUGUAAUAGUCGGACAAGUUUACGAUCAUAAUAAUUACGUGAGGAAAGUGUUCGAGCAGACAGUUGAAACCACUGGUAUACCUUUGUUGAAGCGAGAAGAGGAAGUGAAGUUCGAAUACCCCAGUGCAGACCAGAAGAUAAAGGGUAUAGCUAUCAAGGAUUUGGAGAAUGGCUUAGCUGAACCGUCCAUAACGAGCGGUGGAAUCGGAUUCAAUUUCGUCAGAAUCAAGCUGAAGAGUGAAAGGGGUUCUGGGUUCAAGUUCGUGGUGGAAAUCUUUGCUUAG